AUGGGUCGCGUAUUGCUCAAGGUUAUCAUCCUCGGGGACAGUGGUGUAGGAAAGACCUCCCUAAUGAACCAAUAUGUCAACAAACGCUUCAGCAACCAGUACAAGGCUACCAUCGGUGCUGACUUUCUGACGAAGGAAGUCAUGGUGGACGACCGGCUAGUCACAAUGCAACUCUGGGACACUGCGGGUCAAGAGCGCUUCCAAUCUCUGGGAGUGGCCUUUUAUCGAGGUGCCGACUGCUGCGUCCUAGUGUACGACGUCAAUAGUGCGAAAUCCUUCGAGACCCUCGAUAGCUGGCGCGAUGAGUUCCUCAUCCAAGCCAGCCCACAUGACCCCGAGAACUUCCCGUUCGUGGUUCUGGGAAAUAAGAUUGAUGUUGAGGAGGGAAAGCGACAGGUCACUCAGAAGCGGGCCAUGACAUGGUGUCAAUCGAAAGGCAACAUCCCCUAUUUCGAGACCUCCGCCAAGGAAGCCAUCAACGUCGAGCAGGCCUUCCAAACCAUUGCGAAGAACGCUUUGCAACAAGAAGCGGAAGAGCAAUUAUAUGUCGACUAUCCUGAUCCCAUUCAACUGGACUCGGAGAGCUCUCAAAGCUACGGGUGUAAUUGUUAA